CAGUACGUAUGUUCGGACCCUGCCACCUUCUCGAUGAAAGUUCGCGAUGUGGAGGUUUCGUUUCCGAGAAACUUUCAAACUAUGGAUGUAAACAAAAAUUAGAAAAUAAUAACUGAAAUCGAUCUCGAUCAAUUCCCUCUACAUAUCCGGAAGAAAAUUAAACGAUACGUGAGGAAAACAAUAGGAGAGUAUACAUAACUUUUGUAGUAUUUUUGAUAAUUUUUAUAGGGACCAUUUUAUAGGAACCUUAGAGUAGUUUCGAUGUUACAAAUUCCCAGAUUUAUAUUUAUGUAUUUUAUCUGUUAGAUUCAAUGUGCUCAAUUAGAAAAGUAAAUGUUGCAUAUCCAAAAUAGCACUUAACGUAAAUUAUAGAUGUUAUAUUUAUACAUGUUCCAUGUGGGGCCAUAAUACUCAAAUAGAGUCGUGAAUGUUUGUGCCAAAUAUUCAAAAAAAUCCCGGAAUCUAUUUUCCAUAUGUCUGAGCCAAUUUAUUUUUGAAAGUUGACCUGAAAAAAAUCGAAAGAGAAUAAAUCAAAAGCGUAUUAUUCACGAGUGUGCCGAAAACGUGUUUUAACGGUGCUGCUUCUAUGAUAUGGCGAAUGUUGUACCUGAUUUGAAGCCGGUGUCUACGGUUGUAACGGUCAAACCUGAAGGAGAGAUGGACGCCCUACUUCUUGGACGCACAAGGGAAUUGGUUGUCACAUCCCCAAAUGAGAGGAACUGGAGAGGCAUCUUCAUAGCCCUGCUUGUUAUAGUGGCUGUGCUAGGUCUGAUUCUAUUCAGCAUAGUUUUAGUGUCACCACCAGAAGAGGGUCCUAGAAAUAUAGGAAUCAAGCCUUCCUUAGAAGAUAUUAUACUGAAGCUUCCAGAUCCUGCCAAAUUCAAUGGAACCUGGAUUUCGGAUUCCGAAUUUAUAUUCACCGAUUCGCAGGGUGGUGUUAGUUUGUACAAUGCUGAAAACUUGACUACGAAGGUCAUCAUGACAAACUCGACAUUCCGACAAUAUGAUGCAGUGGAUUAUAAGAUCUCGAGCACCUUGAAACAUGUCCUCCUCAUAUGUGAUGUCAAGAAACUUUAUAAAUAUACAACGUUAGCCAAAUAUUAUAUUUACGAAAUACAUACUAGGAUAAUAAAGCCCUUGUCCCAUAAGGAGCUAGAUCUGAAUGCCCCAUAUCUCCAAUACGCCACUUGGUCACCAGACGGCACCGGGGUAGCUUUCGUUCACGACAACGACGUCUAUUACAAGCCAAAAAUUGAUAAGAAUCUAGUAUGUAGAAUCACCAUGUCCGGAGUCCUGAACGAGAUGUAUAAUGGGGUUCCGGACUGGCUUUACGAGAACGAGAUUCUCAGGACCUCGCACACAUUGUGGUUCUCUCCGGACGGUGUGUACUUAUUGUACUUGAGUUUCAAUGAUACGAAUGUUGGAGAGUACAAAUACACGUGGUAUGACAGUGGAAAUCCUGGUGGAAUAUAUCCGGAAAUUAGGUCCUUCAGAUUCCCCAAGCCUGAUACUCCAAAUCCAGAAGUGAAAGCUUGGAUAGUAAACCUUACCACUCCAAAGUAUUUAUUCCCUGUAGAACUAAAGCCAACAGCAAGUGUUGAUCUUGGCAGCUACAUCACUCAUGCAAGUUUCUACGCUGAAAAUGGCGUGAAUUUGGUGUGGUUGAACAGGAAUCAGAAUGUAUCCGUGAUGGUCAGCUGUGAUGCUCAAAAUAGUUAUAAUUGUACAGAUUUUCAUGUAGAAAAAGAACACAUCGGUUGGACCGAGCCAAUUUUUCAUCCGGUUUAUUCCUACAACGGGACACAGGCUUUGGUGAGACUUCCUGUAAAAGAUGGUGCUAAUGGACACUACAUGCACGCUUGUCAAGUAUUUAAUAGCAACGUCGUGCCACUGACACAUGGUGCUUUCGAAAUAACGAAAAUUUUAGGUUGGGACGAGGAAAAACAUAUUUUAUAUGCUAUAGCCACCAACGAAAAUCAACCUGGCGUUCGGCAUCUCUUCAAAUUAGGCGAUAUGAACUCAAGUCAAUCUUGGACUUGCCUCACCUGUCAGCCUAAAAUCGACCCCAACGUAACGAACGCCUAUUUCGCAGAAUACAUUAACGAAACAAUGCUGAACAAUAGUCUACUCUCGGACUAUAAAUGCGACUACAACAAUGUGAUAUUCAGUAAAUCUUUCAAAUACUACAUCCAAGAAUGUUUGGGACCAGAUAUUCCUGUAGUGUUCCUUGUAGAAACUGCUCAAAAUGUGAGAAUGGCAGUGCUGGAUACCGGAUCUAGGCUGAGAAAGAAUGUGAACAAGUUUGCACAGCCUCAGAUCAAGAAGAUUCAGGUUGAGAUCGAAUUUGGUUACAAGGCUCAGGUGAAGAUGUAUCUACCGCCUGUUUUGAGGGAAUAUGAGGAUGUAGCGUUCCCUAUGGUGCUUCUGGUAGAUGCUGCACCCUUCUCACAAACGGUGUCUUCAAAAUGGGACAUAGACUGGGCCUGGUACCUGGCGAGCACCAGAAGCUAUGUAGUGGCUCAAAUAGAUGCUCGCGGAUCGGGAUAUCAAGGAAUAAAAAUGAGGAGCGAAAUUCAAAGAAGACUUGGAACCAUCGAAAUUCAAGACCAGCUGAAUGUUCUGACCUACCUCCGAGAUACUUUCAAAUUCAUAGACCGUGGUAAAAUUUGUACCAUCGGUAAAGGAUAUGGAGGAUAUGCUUCUGCUAUGAUGAUGAUUCAAGAUUUUCAUCAAGUUAUCAAUUGCUCCGUCAGUCUGUCGCCUAUUACGAAUUGGAUGAAUUACAAUUCCUACUACACCGAAAAGUAUCUGGGCUUCCCAUCUAAAUUUCCUCAAGCAUAUGAAAACGCCGAUUUACUAUCAAAGGCCGGAAGCCUUCUAGAUCGACGAUUUCUUCUCAUUCAUGGGACUUCUGAUUCAACAGUAACUCCACAACAUUCCUUCAUGUUUGCCAAGGCUUUAGUCCAACGUGAUGUCCUUUUCCAACAUUUAGCAUAUCCAGAUGAAACUCACGAAUUUACGAAGCUAACCACUAUACACAUGUAUAAGGAGAUAGAUCAGUUUUUGAAUGAUUCCUUUGGACCAGUUCUCGAUGAGUGGAGUGACACAGAAACCAGUUUUUUUAUACAAUGAAUUUUCGAUGUAGUUGUUAAUUGUUGAAUUUCUGAAUUUUGUCCAAUCAAGCCCAUUUUCCAGAUGUAUAUACAAAAGUUUAUUUUUUCAACAUGUUUUCAGAAUGGAUAAAAUUCAGUGUAUGUCUUUAUUGAUGAAAACAUUUUGGUAUUUGUGAAAUACCUUGAAAUAAUUCGAAGGAAAUGUUGAGUGAUCCGAUUAAAUGCCGUACCUUGCAAAUUUUCCAUUGUGCAACAGAUAAAGAGGUAAAAAAGAAUUAUGUAACAAACAGUGAGCAUUUCCUUCCUAAUGUACUCAAUUGAAAGAGAAAAGCGACACAAUGAUCUGGGGGCACAAAUACGAAAAGGAGACUCAGUCAGAAAUUUUUUCAGUACCAAUGCAUUGAAAUUUAUUAUUUGUUUGUAUGAGAUACCAUUUAAUUCAUGAUUUCACAACACUUUCAAUUUUCUUAUGCAACUAUCUAAGUACUUUGAAAACAGCUCUGUUAGGGGGCACAAUAGACC